UUGGUCUUCCCGGUUUGAUCGGGAUGGCUUAUGUUUAUGGCUCCUUUCUGCAGCUGUUCUCCGCGAGACCGACGCCUGCUCGCGAGUUCUCGUUCUCCCCCCGCAGAUUUCGGGAUCUCGCGUGCCUGUCAGCACCGUCUCCUCCUCUGUUCGAGCUGUUGUCGGCAGCUCUCCCUCGCGAUCGGGAGAUCUCGCGCGAGCUCCUUGAUUCGCAAAAUCUCUUGCCGCCUCCUCCUCUAGUUCAAGGACACUUGAUUCCUAUCGUCUCUCCCUAUUUGUAGGGUUAGCCGUCGUAUUGGGAGCCGCAGUCAUAGUCACCACUCCCUGGAAGGAAGGCAGUCUUCCUCCCUCGAGUUGGAAAGCCGCAGCAGUAUUGGGAGGUUGUCGGGUAUUCAAUCUCGCCCUCCCGAUUUGGCAUCCGGCGGUUCUGCCGAAUCGGAAGGGAAUCGGCUGCCUCGGCCGUUUUGGAAGGUUGCCGUCGUUGGAUUUGGGAAGAAUGUUGUCUCCGUCGCGUUGAAAGGAAGGAGGUUUCGGAGAGAUCGAGUCCGGCGGCUAGGCCUCCUCCUUCCUGUCUGUAUAUAUUUCUUCUCGCGACGAUCCUUCGCCUGCAGUGAGUUUCUCCUUCCAAUCUCCCUCCUUCCUUCUCUUGCCGGUGACCGUGAAUUCUUGGCAUCCCGAUUCGGGUAGUAAAUUGCUGUUUCUCUUCGUGGGUCGUUUCUUCCGCCAGUGGCGAAGGACGCCAGCCAAGUUCCUCCCUGCGUCGAGUCUGUCAAAGAAGAUAAUCUUAAAUAUAAAAGGAGCGCAUGUACCAAGUGAAUAGGUUUGAGUGGAGUGCUCUAGUUCUUGCAAAAUAUUUUGGAUACUUGGCAUUUUGUUAUGCUCUGUAGUUGGGGCGUGACAGAAAAUGGGGGUCAUGUCGAGGCGCGUGUUGCCUGCAUGCAGCAAGCUUUGUUGCUUCUGCCCAUCUUUGCGAGCACGGUCACGGCAGCCUGUUAAACGGUAUAAGAAACUCCUUACGGAUGUCUUCCCUCGCUCUCUGGAUGGCGAACCAAAUGACAGAAUGAUUGCCAAGCUUUGUGAUUAUGCUUCAAAAAAUCCAAUACGUAUCCCUAAGAUCACUGACUACUUGGAGCAGAGGUUUUAUAAAGAAUUGAGAAAUGAGCGUUUUUCUUUUGCAAAAGUGGUCCCAUGUGUUUAUAGGAAAUUAUUAGCAUCAUGUAAGGAGCAAAUGCCAUUGUAUGCAGCUAGCUUGUUGAGCAUUGUGCAAAUAUUACUUGAACAAACACGACAAGACGAUAUGCGUGCUCUUGGUUGUCUUACACUUAUUGAUUUUCUUAACAAUCAGGUGGAUAGCACAUACAUGUUCAAUGUAGAAGGCCUCAUACCCAAACUUUGUGAACUUGGUCGAGAAGUAGGGGAAGAUGAUAGGGGACUGUUUUUGCGUUCAGCAGGCCUGCAAGCUCUUGCUUCCAUGGUGGUUUUCAUGGGUCAAUACUCACAUAUCUCAAUGAAUUUGGAUGAUAUUGUUGAAGUGAUGUUGAAUAAUUAUGAGGUUCAUCAAAUUGGUUUUGACAAUAAUAAGCAUGAUUUCCAGUCAACUGAUGAUCAUAAUAAAUGCGUAGAUGAAGUUGUUAGGGUAGAAGAUAAUGUUUCAUCCUUCCAAGACUCCUGGAAGAAGGUUCAGACAGUACAUCAGAUCAUGAACGUGGAAUUUGAUGCCACAGUGGACUUGACGAAAUGCCCUGCGCACUGGUCAAAAGUUUGCUUGCAGAAUAUGGCUAAACUUGCUGAAGAAGCAACCACUGUAAGACGAGUUUUAGAGCCUUUGUUUCGUAAACUUGACAGUGGAAAGCACUGGUCCCCAGUGAAGGGAAUUGCUUGUUCUGUUCUAUCUGAAUUGCAACUUCUAAUGGAGAAUUCAGGACAGAACAAUGAUAUGUUGAUAUCUACACUAAUAAAGCACUUAGAUCAUAAGAAUAUAGGCAAGCAGAUUAUCAUGCAGGUCAAUAUCGUCAAUGUUGCUGCUCAUCUUACAUCGCAGGCCAAGCUCCAAGCUUCACUAUCUGUCAUCACUUCUAUUAGUGAUUUGAUAAGGCAUUUGCGAAAAUGCUUACAAUUUUCAAUUGAAGCAUCAAGUCUCGGUGAUGAGGAUGCUGAAAGAUGGAACUCUGUCCUCCAUUUUGCUAUGGAAGAAUGUAUUGGAAAAUUAGCCAAUAAGGUUGGAGAUGUUGGACCUGUCAUUGACAUGAUCGCUGUUCUACUAGAAAAUGUUCCUACUACGUUUGCCAGAGCAACAGUUUCUUCUGUCUAUCGAACUUCUCAGCUAGUUGCCUCCAUCCCAAACUUGUCAUAUCAAAAGAAGGCUUUUCCAGAAGCACUAUUUCACCAGCUUCUCCUAGCAAUGGCACAUCCUGAUCCUUACAUAAGAGUUGGUUCUCAUCGGAUCUUUUCUGCUAUUCUUAUGCCCACAAUUAUUUGUCCUUGGUCAACUCCUGGUAUUCCACUUUCUUUCAAUGGAUAUGAUCCAGAAGGAACACAUUUGGUAGCACUCUCAGGUUAUGCCUCCUCAAGAAUCAUUUUGGAAAAGCUCAGACUCAAGGGAUCCAAUGCCAAUGGAUCCCUAGUAAAUGUAAGGGAAAAAGAUAAGGCCACGGAAAAGGGCACAGAUGGUCAAAUGAAAAACUCUGAUGCAAGCUCUGGUCAAUACAGAGUUGACUCUUUCCAGAGCAAAAGUCAGAGCAUGGUGUUUCCUCAUCUUGAUGAAUCAAGUGAGGGGAAAGAUGUUGGCAGACUUGAAGAGGAAGUAGGCACUGAUCUGAUACUUAUGCGAUUGAGUAGUCACCAGUUGGGUCUUUUACUCUCAUCAAUAUGGGUCCAAGCCAUAUCACCAGAAAAUGUGCCUGCAAAUUUUGAGGCAUUGGCUCACACAUGCAGUCUAAUUUUAUUAGUUUCUCGAACAAAGAACUCUAGUCAUGUGGCCCUGGUUCGGUGUUUUCAAUUAGCAUUCUCAUUGAGGAGGAUUUCUCUAGAUAAUAGAACAGACUCUUUGGAACCUUCACGUAGAAGAUGUUUGUAUACCUUGGCAUCGUCAAUGCUUAUAAUUUCAGCGAGGGUCAGUGAUCUUCCUGAAGUGAUUACUGCAAUUAAGAUGGGCACAAUGGCUGAUCCUCAUCUUUGUCUAAGUGAAGAUAGUAGGUUGCAAGAAACAGAAUCUUGCAGUUACAUUUAUGGUUCUGAAGAAGAUGAUAUUGCUGCAAUGGAGUUCCUUGAGAAAGUUGAAAAUGAUGAUACACAACUAAAAGAGACUGUCAUUUCACAGUUAACAAAGAGAUUUGUGAGUCUACCAAAGGAAAAACUCGUAUCCAUAAGAGAGCAGAUCUUGCAAGAAUUUUCGCCAGAUGAUACCCUUCCAACUGGUGCACCUUUAUUCAUGGAGACACCUUAUCCAUCUUCGCCUCUUUUGCAGAACGGAAGUCAAUCUUAUGAAGAGGUCAUGACUCCUAUGCUUUUGGAGGAUGUGGACACAUUUUCAGAAGCAUUCAGAAGUCAAUCAGAUGGGAAAAUGUCAGAGUCUACAAAUAAUUUUGAUCUCUUGAAUGUCAACCAAUUGAUUGAGUCGGUUAACGAGACAGCAUGGCAAGUUGCUAGUUUGACGCCAAUAGUUCCAGUACCAUACGACCAGAUGAAAAGCCAAUGCGAAGCCCUUAUGAAUGGAAAGCAAGAAAAGCUGUCUGUGCUUCAGAGCUUCAAGCAACAACAAGCUGACUGGAGAGUCAUGCCAGAAGAGAAAAUCAUAAAUGCAGUGAAUACAAACCAGAUUCUGCAUUCUCCAGCAUCAGUAAUAAGAUCAGUUAACAAGGAGCAAGAACAUAAUAACUUCGUGUUGAGUGAGUCUGAGCAGUCCUUCAGGCUACCACCUGCAAGUCCAUACGACAAAUUCUUGAAAGCUGCUGGCUGUUGAAUCUGAACCAGGAUCAGUUUACACCCGAUAAAUCUAAUAAUGCGCAGUAUAGAAGUGUCUAUAUUUUCUUCCAUUUCUUCUUUUAUCAAGUAAUAUUUUUUUUCCAACGCGCAAUUGUAAGCAAGAGGAACUGGUAGGCAAAGUGUUUUGUUUCUUCUUUAAUCCAAUAUAAAGGACAGUAUUAUAUAUACGCCACACGAUGUUUCAAAAGGUGCUCAUCUCCAUGUUCUUAAUUUAUAAGCACAGCUAUUUUGAUCUUCAA